AUGUUGCCGGGCUUCUCUGCCGGACCAGUAAACAACCUGUUCUCUUCUGAAAGUAGUUCUGUGUUUGCAUCAUCUAUGACGGACUCUGGCACACAUCCUAAUGCGGACAUAGGAACGGCUUUGAAAUCUUUGUGCCUCCCGCCGAGUUGGCUUAAUUCUACGGGGGGCGUUGAAGAUCGCUCAAGAACUAAUCUUAUAAUUAAUUAUCUCCCACAAAGCUAUGACCAGAGUGACCUACAGCGUCUUUUUGAGCGAUUGGGACCUAUUCGCCAGUGCAAGCUUAUUCGUGACAAGGUAAGUAACAGUUUCUCCUCACUCUCCCAGAACACUGGUGCCAGUUUGUGUUAUGGAUUUGUCGAUUAUAUAUCACCCCAGCACGCAGCUCUUGCUAUACAGACUUACCACGGUUAUGAGACCGAAAGCAAGCGAUUACGGGUUGCCUAUGCCAGCUCUGGCGGUCGGCGAUAUCUUUCGGGUCAACGGACUCCCUCUGGUGAUAUAGGAAGUGUCAGUUGUGGCAAUGAACCUUCUGAAAACGUACUCGGGUGGGAGAUUUGCGUUGCAGGAUUACCUUCGGAGGUGUCCGAAUCUGAUAUAAUGCGUUUGUUCUCGCAUUUUGGUCGUAUUCUUUGGGUUCGGUUCCUACCAUCGGACGCCAUGAAGACCGCCACUAGCGCUCUUGCUGACCUUAACUGCAACACUACGGAGGCAAAUUUAUUUGGCACUCGAAGCCAGCUUUCUUCAAAAGGUCCCAUGACUUCCAUCAUUUUCGAAGAGCGCUCAAGUUGUGAUACAGCGAUUGGUCGUCUAAACGGACUCCAACUGCCUGAUUGCCCAACUCCUCUCUGUUUACGCCUCAUCGGUCCGGUUACCAGAGAGACGUUCGAUAUGUUUUAUCUUAACUCGCGUGUUGGCAGUGAUUGUAGCAGUCUCGCUGGCUUGCAACCUCGCCAGAUAUCUGUUGCACAGUGCCAUUUACAAGAUAAGCUCGGUCUUCCGGGCUCAGCUUGUACAGUCUCAAACGGCCUUCUAAAAAUGAGUCAUUCACGUUCUGCCCUUGAGGCUAUUGAGCCAAACGAAAAUGCCCUACCCUCGCUUACUUCUUUGCAGCCGCGACCGAUUAUACGCAACAAAACAUACACUGGAUCUAAUCUACUUGACAACGUCGACUUUACAGACCUUCUUGACGGAGGCGCCGUAGCCAAUGGCAUUUCCCGUUCAGUUGUCGAUCGAAUUUCUUCACCGGACACGCAGUCCCUCUUCACAAAGCAAGUUCAUCAGGCUAUGGACUUAGUUGGAAAGCCGGAACUUGGAUCGCAAAUGCCGUGGAAUUCUGGCGCAUCAUUAAUGCACCUUACCUCUGUCGAUCAGUUUCGCAGUACACUUCGAGCACAGGACCUAACAGUCCCUAAAAAACUGUCAAUAUCAACUCCGCUACUUCUCAGCACUCAGCUUUCAGCCGCAGUGUCUGUUAAAGGGGGAAGAGCAAACGUUUACUUGAAGUUGGAGAACCUUCAACCAACUGGAUCAGUCCUGUUCCGUGGAAUAGAAUAUGCUUGCCGCAAGUUUGCGUCUCUCGGUGGCGCCCAACACAUCGUCUGUCCCAGCACGGGAAAUGCCGGAGUUGCUGCCGCGUUUGCUGCUCAGUCCUUAGGCAUGGCAUGUACGGUUGUUACACCAGAGGGCAAUGAAUCGCUUACAAGAAAACGCUUGUCCAUCGAGGCGCCCUCAGCAAAGUUGGUUUCAUUUGGAUCUUCUCUCUCGGAAGCCUCUCGUCGCGCCGAGCAAAUGGUCAACGAUGCCAACGAACAGUUACAACAGAUUAACGGGACUACCGACUCGGUGGUCCGAUUUCUCCAUCCAUAUGACCAAGCAGAUGUCUGGACCGGAUACGAGUCUAUUAUCGAAGAGUUGCCCGCAGGCCAGCAACCUGACCUUAUUGUUGUAGCCGUCGGCGGUGGUGGCCUUCUGUCUGGCUUAAUCCAAGGUCUUUGGAAUCGCAGUUGGUCCACUACUCACAUUCUGGCCGUUGAAACUGAGGGAGCUGAUUGUCUUUCUCGCUCCGUGGCCGCUGGUCAUCCCGUCGUUAUGCCCAAAUGCACCAGUGUUGCAACUUCUCUGUGUGCGCCUUCUCUGUCUCUGCGUGCAUGGAGCAUGAUCCAAUGUCACCCAGUAACUGCCAUCACCUGUUCUGAUCUGGAAGCAGUUCAAGCCGCUCGUCGCUUUCUCGAUGAUCACGGGAUGCUUAUUGAGCCCGCGUGUGGAGCGGCUCUAUCAGCCGUUUAUUCCGGUGCCAUCGCCAAACUGCAACAGGAGAACGUAAUUCCUCGUCCAGCAAACGUCUGCGUGAUUUUAUGCGGAGGUCGAAACACUAACCUUCAAAUCCUUACGGACUGUGAAAGAAAGUUGACAACCAGUUGUGGUGGUGGUGGGACUGGAAUCAGUAACAAUAGCAACAAAGGCUUUGGUCUAAAACAACUGAAUGGCUUUGGUGGACCGGAGGCUUUCUUGGCCGAUCUAACUGAGGCGCCGAUGACAGCACGCAGCAUCGAUGAGAAUAUGGACCAAUUUUCGGACAUACCGACUUCCAGCAGUUCAAGUAGUUCUGCCACAGAUUCUGCCGUCCGCGCCCCGACAAAAACGCACGUGGACAUGGACGAUCAGUCGCGUGAAUAG